CACCUUAGCUCCUGUUCUCGGCAAGCGGGACACCUCUGCAAGGAGGAGCUGAAUAGUGCCGUUAUGUGGCUUUCUCAGUAGCAUGCCGAUGGGGUCUUCUUGAUGAUCAAAAAUAGGAAGUCGGUUUUCCAUUUCCAUUGAGAGUGGUGCAAGGGAUUUACACCAAAGCGGCGGAAUUCCGCACAAAACCGCUGCGUCCUUCCUGAAAGGAAUUUCCUUUGUGACGUUCACCAGGAAUUGCGCAUCUGCAGAUAAUCAAUUGGCAUGAUAUAUGGCAGAGCAUCUUGUUCCAGGAUGUACCAGCACGAUGGCUGGUGUCGGUGGGCAGUGUUGAUCUAACCUAAUCAAAGCAUUUGCUGCAGCCCUCCGUUCCCGGCACAGUCAGGUAUUCUUCAGGUGAACUGCUCUGGACUCUUUCCAAGGUCGAUUAAUCCUUCACAAGGCGCAGAGUCAAAAGUUGAACAUGACCCUCCAGAUGAAUGGAGCCCAUCAGGUGCCGGAAAUGGGCACAGAGACAUGAGUCUGGGUCCAACCACGGAGCCGCUGCCGGGAGACACACACAGACAGACGGACAGAGAGGAGCUCUCCAGAGUCGCUGCUCGCACCUAGCCGCCUUGUGCUAGUUUAACCUCGACUGACGCCGCCGCCGCCAGCAUUGAAAACAAAAUAAAGCUGCGUUAGUUAAAACAACAAAACAGAAACAAGUGUUGGAAAAAGCAACGCGUUUGGACCACACCUGGAAGGAAGGGACGGACAAUGCGUUCUGAUCCCCCCCGUUCCCCGGCUAACGCUCCCCCCAACCCCAAGUGCCCCACCAAGAGACGGCGCAUUUCAUUCCACAGCAUCUUUCAUGGCAAAUCCAAGGGAAAACAGAAGCAAGAAGUGUCCGUAUCCAGCAUCGAGAGCAUCCCCGUAGAGGUGGCCGAGACCGACAAGAAGCCACAGGUGUCGGACAGCAGAACCACCUUGACAUCGUCCGAUUCACCAAAGAAGGCAUCAUCUGGUCUUCUAGAAUGUCCUCUCUGCUUGGUGCGCCACCCAUUCGAGAACGUCCCCAAAAUUAUGACAUGUCACCAUCGCUCCUGCCUUGACUGUUUGCGGCAGUACCUGCGGAUUGAGAUUACAGAGAGCCGUGUGAACAUUAGUUGCCCCGAAUGCUCAGAACGGCUGAAUCCACACGAUAUCCGAAUGAUACUGAAUGACCAGGCGCUGAUGGAGAAGUAUGAGGAGUUUAUGCUACGUCGGUACUUGGCUUCAGACCCGGACUGCCGAUGGUGUCCAGCACCAGACUGUGGAUACGCUGUGAUCGCCUAUGGAUGUGCGUGCUGCCCAAAGAUCUCCUGUGGGCGGGAUGGCUGCGGCACUGAGUUCUGCUACCAUUGCAAGCAGCUCUGGCACCCGAAUCAGACCUGUGACAAUGCUCGCCAACAGCGAGCUCAAAGCCUCCAGAUUCACACCAAGCAAACAACGGUACUGAACUAUGGCCAGGAGUCGGGCAAUGGUGAUGAAAUCAAACCAUGCCCACGAUGUGGGGCCUAUAUCAUUAAGAUGAACGAUGGAAGCUGCAAUCACAUGACGUGCGCUGUGUGUGGCUGUGAGUUCUGCUGGCUGUGCAUGAAGGAGAUCUCUGACCUUCAUUACCUCAGCCCAUCUGGUUGCACGUUUUGGGGAAAGAAGCCAUGGAGCAAGAAGAAGAAAAUUCUCUGGCAGCUUGGCACACUGAUCGGUGCUCCAGUGGGCAUCUCCCUCAUCGCUGGGAUUGCUAUUCCUGCCAUGAUCAUUGGCAUCCCAGUUUAUAUUGGCCGUAAGGUUCAUAGUCGCUAUGAUGGAAAAAAGACUUCAAAGCACAAAAGAAAUCUGGCCAUCACCGGAGCAGUUACCUUGUCGGUCAUUGCUUCUCCUGUGAUAGCGGCAGUCAGCGUAGGAAUUGGCGUUCCCAUCAUGCUGGCCUACGUCUACGGAGUGGUCCCGGUGUCACUUUGCCGCGGUGGGGGCUGUGGCGUCAGUGCGGCCAGUGGAAAAGGAGUGAAGAUUGAGUUUGAUGAAGGAGACGGGCCAAUUACAGUUGCUGAUGCAUGGCGAGCUCUGAAGAACCCCAGUAUCGGAGAUAGCAGUGUUGAAGGGCUGACCAGUGUUCUGAGUGUCAGUGGCAGCCCCAUUGACGGCGUCAGUGUAAUGCAGAGUAAUUGUAGCGACACUACCAGUUUUGCAGCUUUAUCGGGAAGCACGCUGGCUGGAGGAGUGCUGAUGGGGAGCAGCGGACAGCAUGACAGGCUGGACAUUCAAGCUGACAUUCAAAAAGGAAACAAAUUGCAUAAAGACUCCAUCAGUCUAGGGGCAACCAGUGACAAUGCCAGCACCAGGGCUAUGGCUGGUUCUAUCAUCAGCUCCUACAAUCCACUGGACAGGGAAUGCAACAAUAUGGAAGUGCAAGUUGACAUUGAAAGCAAACCCAGUCACUUGUGUUUUACCAGUGAUAGCAGCAUUAAUGAAUUGCUUCACAUUCACUCUCAAUCUGUGGAGGGACUUUGCCAUGAGGAGAAGGACUGCUUGUUCAUGAGUGACCACAGCGAUUGCCUCAUAAGCAACACAUGCGAUGUAACACUUGCUCAACCCGAGAGUACCAGAAGUGAUGGAAAUAGCACAGACACUCAGUCAGAUGACGUUCCUGACAUUAGUUCUGAUGAAUGUGAUUCACCCAGUCCAAUUCAUGACAGGCAUUUGGAAAUCACAGCUUCGGAUAUCAAGCUCUUGAACACGGAGAGUUUGGAGUGUGAAGACUAUGAACAAACGGAAUGUGUUCUUGAACAAGGUGGGCCACAAACAGAGAUGGUGGUACAUUAUGUCUAAACCUGCACAAUCAUCACUAAUUCAUCAACCCAUAACAUGCACCUUAUUCAGAAUAUUGAAAUUUUGUGUUCAUUACAUUGUUUUAAAUAUACAAGACUAUUGCAUAUUUAAAUAAAACAUAGGUAGACACAUAAUGCUGGAGAUAUUCAGCGGAACAGGCAGCAUCUCUGGAGAGAAGGAAUGGGUGAUGUUUUGGUUCGAGACCCUUCUUCAGACCCUCUCUCCUUGUUCCCCUUCCCCUCUUUGAAUAAAUCAUCUUUGAUACAGUAAAUAAAGAUGUUAUUUAUUCAUUUACAUUCUUGAUUUAAAUUAAUUCAGUGAUCUUUUGCAUGAAUUUAAGCAGAACUGUUUUGCUGCUUAAAAUUAGAUUGUCCCACAUGGGAGGAGAAACUAUUCAGAAUAGUUCUGCUCAGCUUAAGUUGAGAUUUUCUAGGUUGCUGGGCAACUUGAUACGUUUUCAUUUCCAAAUCAUUUUUUAUAAAGGGAACAGAUUCCAAAGGCAGUGAAUGUUAAAGUAGGUGCAGAGCAAUGGCCUAAAAUGUCAUCAGUAACUAUAGGGUUAAAGAAAUAAGCUCUAAAUUUGGAUUUUUUUAGGUACUUCAAGUCUGAUCUUAGAUCUAAACAGUUGACCUGAAUGCUGCAAAAUUAAUUAACCAGUGUCAACUCCACCGAAACCAGAUGCUGAGUGUUAUAGUAUCUUUAGAAUCAGAUACACCUGUCUCUGUAACAAACGGGAAUUAAUGAAAGAAACCCGGGGUUUGAUUUGAUCAUGUAAUUUGGGAUAUAACAUUAAUAUUUAGCUCAUUAGCAGAGAUUAUAAUAAUAUUUAGGACAUCAAUAUUUUGCCUUUUGCAUUGUUAAUAGGCCAGUUUGAAAUUUCCUAUUUUGCUUUUUUUUGAUUGUCCCAACAUUAUGUAAAUGCAUUUCCAGAAAGCCAAAAGGAUACUAGGAACCUAUGUUCUGCAGUAUCCCAGGAACCAUCCUACUACAGUACUGAUGAUGAGAUUACAAAGAGCCAAGUUAUAAUUGACAGAAUUCCAAGUGGCCGCUGAGGAAUUUCCUCCUGGAUUAUUCCACCUCAAUAUUCCACUUAAUAUUGGAAUCGAUUUGCUGUAACUCAAAUCAGACAGUUUUAUUUAAAGUACUGUUGAUUUUUGUUUCCUGUUAAUCUCCUGUGAUGUUAUAUAGAAAGAAAAUGAAAUGAAUAAAGCUAUCCCAUCGUUAAUUUAUGUCGUAAACCAAACUAAAUGCAAAGGUGUUCUCAGAUUUUAAAAUGCUUCUGUGGUCUUUUUAAAUUUCCUUUUAAAACCAAGGGUAGGAAGCAGCACACCCUCAUCCAGUGGUUAAGAUGCAGCUGGCAAUAUAUAUAUAUAUAUAUGUAACCAUAGAGCCUUGCUUAAGUUUCAGUUUUCCAGGGUCUGAGCUGAUGAAGCAGUUGUGGCAACACUUUCACAUCCCCAAAGAGAAAUCUCUGUUCCCCAGCAUGAAUUCCCCCACGUGAAGUUAGAUCUGUCCCGAUUCCUGCUGAAUGUGUGUGACUGGGGUGGUGCAGCAGAGGAGUUGCUGCCUGACAAAGCCAGAGACUCGGGGACUCUCUGUAUGGAGUUUGUAUGUUUUCCCAAUGACCCCAUGGGUUUUCUCUGGGUGGUCCGGUUUCAUCCCACACUCCAAAGGCGUACAUAUUUGUAGGUUAAUUGGCUUCAGCAAAAAUUGUAAAUUUUCUCAAGUGAGUAGGAUAGUGCUAGAGGAUGGGGAUCGCAAACCGGCGUGGAAUCAGUGGCCCGAAGGGCCUGUUACCGCGCUGCAUCUCUAAACUAAACUUAACUGUCAAAUGAGAAUGUAUCUGAGCUUGUCUCCGAGGUCUCCCAUACUUGGCAGCACACUGAGUGCAGACACUUGCAUCAUCUAAACUCAACGAAGCACUUACUUGAGAAACCUGAUAAGCUGCUGGUACCCGUGGAUGCAUUUGGCAGCAAGUCUGUGCCUUUAAAACGGGAAGAGGAUAAUUUUUUUUUAAACACUUCCAUAAUAUGGAUUUUUUUUGUAUCCAUGGAUGGUCAAUCUUGGAAAAAAGUGUAAAACUCUAGGUCUUCAGUACCUUCAUCCUUCUAUGGUGCUAGGAACACAUGGCAGGAAUUAACUGUUCGGCUUGUUUUCUUUUAAGUAUCUUUGUUAUUGCUUCAUGUAAAUAAAGUAACAUUCAUUUGAAUAUGA